AUGGAGAACACAAAGGACUCCGUCAUCCUCUGCCUUGCCUUCUUCCUUGUCUUCUCUUCGGCUUCGGCCUUUGACAUCGUCAAGCUUCUCGAGAAGCAGUCGGAUUUCAGCAGCUUCACCAACUACCUCAAGGAGACCAAGCUCGGAGAUGAGAUCAACAAGCGCAGCACCAUCACUGUGUUGGCAGUGGACAAUGGGGGCAUCUCAAGCAUCUCCGGAAAAUCCCAAGAUGUGAUCAAGAAGAUCCUGAGCGCACACGUGGUUUUGGAUUACUAUGACCAGAAGAAACUGACCAAUUUAGUUACUUCCAGCAAGGUGUCAACCCUAACCACAAUGCUCCAGUCCACUGGCCAGGCCAAGGACCAGCAAGGGUUCAUCAACCUCGGUAAGAUAGACGAGGGAGGGCUCGCUUUCGGGUCAGCUGUCAAGGGCAGCAAGCUCAACGCCAAGUUCGUGAAAUCCGUUGUCUCUCAGCCCUUCAACAUUUCAGUUCUUCAAAUCUCAAAUGUGAUUGAAAUUCCUGACAUUUCUGCUGCCUCGAGCCCUGCCAGCUCACCAAAAUCCUCUGCCUCACCAGCUCCUUCUCCAUUAAAGAAAUCAUCCUCUGAUGCUCCCAGUCCUUCCUCUGAGGUUUCAUCCCCACCUGUUUCUGGUGAUGCUUCAUCUGCAUCCUCACCAUCUGCUGAUGCACCAGCCGGAUCAUCAAGCUCUACCACUGGUUCACACCGUGAGAUGGCUGUUGGCGCUGGAGUGGUGAUCAUGAGCUUGGCUUCCCUUUUGUUUGCUUAA